CAAGAAUAAAAACACAAUAGAAAAAGAAAAGAGGAAUUUCGCCUCAUUCGUCGUCGUUUCGAUGCUUGAACAGACAAGAAUCAAAUGACUCAUCGUCGACAACAAGCAUUUCCGCUCUAACAGAAAGAAAAGGAAAGGUGAGAGUUUCAACGGAGAACUCAGUAUAAAAAAAUAAUUAUAGAAAGAACGCAGAUGAACUUGAAAGAAGCAUUAUGGAGCAAGCCAACAGAUUCCAACGCAUCUCCGUCUCCAUCAUCGUCAUCUCCAAGGGACCCAGAAUCAGAAGCAGCGUCGGCUGCUGCCACGAGUGCGGUUGGGGAACUAGUUAACUCUCUCAACAAGCAACGAAUCUAUAGAGAAGUCACCCUCGCUCUCCGCACCGGCCUCCGUGACUCCCGCGCCGAGUUCUCUUUUCUCCGAGUCCGUGGCCUCCGUUUCCUCCUCAAAUCUCUCCGAUCCAUAGCCCAGUCUGACUCCUCCAUCAUCCUCUUUUCCCACACCCAAUCCAUCCCCGACCUCCGAGUGGUUCCAGUGUUGUUCGAGCAUUCACUGAAGGAAACAGAGGAUGACAGAGUGGGAAGCUUGGAUCAUAUAUUCAGUGUGGAGCCCAUGAAGAUUAACAGUCCUUCCACGGAUGCGGAAGUUGCUCUUGCGCUUAGAGUCUUGGAAGGUUGUUGUCUACUUCACCCUGAAAGCACCCGUUUGGCCCAUCAACACAAAGCCAUCCCGGUUUUGAUGAAUGUCUUAUCAACUCGAGGAGUUCUUGAACAAGGUGCAUGCCUCGAUGCUUUAAUCUCAAUAAUGUUGGACUCCUCAGCCAAUCAAAUGGACUUUGAAGCAUGUAAUGGCAUUGAGGAAGUUGCAGAGCUCAUACGAGACAAGCAAGUGGAUGAAAAUCUCAGGUUGAAAUGUGGAGAGUUCUUGCUUCUACUCAUUGGACAUGUAAACGGGAGGGAAAGGUCUCCCAUGGCAACCAUUCAUGAAGACAUAAGACGACUCUUGGGUGAAAAAUCUGCUUCCUUGAUAUGGGCAGCAAGUCAAUUUGGCUCAACCCUUGAUCCAGACCAGAGACUGACAGCUCUGCACAUCCAAGCUCGCAGGGUUCUGGAAUCCGUAGACUUGUACUGAGUUUGAAAUUAUACUACUUCUCUUGAUAUUGCUCGUAGUUCCGUGGAAUUUUCAUUGUUGAUUUAGAAGAUGCAAAGAUGUUAUUUAUGGAACCAACAUUCUGUUGUUCAUUAGUGACUGCUAGUUAUGUUAGGGGAGAAUAUUGCAGAAAUUCAGAUCAGUGAUUUAUUGUAUACUUGUAGAAAAUGAUACAAAGCGGAAAGUGUCAUGCAUCUACAAAGUGACUGUUUUCAUGUGGAGGGUUAAUUUAUCCAAAGUGGCAUAGAUAUCUUCUGUUC